AUGGCCAGAUGCCGCAUGGAUUGCAUAGAAAAGCCCCUUCAGAGCUUCUUUAAGAAGAUGGGUAAAUCUGUUGGAUCCAAUCCUUGGUGGUUCCUCAUCACCCCCCUUAUUGUCUCUGCAGCUCUGGGAAGCGGGUUUUAUUUUAUCCAGGACAGAAUCUCCAACAAUAUUGAGGAGGAGUUUACACCUUUUAAUGGACCGGCCAAGACAGAGAGGAAGUACUUCAGUGAAAUGUUUCCAGAAGAUGAUUCCAUGUUUUCAAGUUUGCGGCAGACCACAGAUGGAAACUAUGCCACUCUCAUAGUUACAAACGAGACUAAUAUUCUGACUGUUGAAAUGCUUCAAGAAAUCCUCAUUUUGGACUCUAAAAUCAAGAACAUGUUGGUGGAAUUUGACAAGCAAUCAUUUAAAUAUGAGAGCAUCUGUGCUAAGGUGAUGGAAAAAUGCACUUCAAACAUCAUUCUAGAUAUCAUUCAAUACGAUGCCAAAAAUAUAGAAACUGUCACACUGACAUUCCCGUGGUAUCACACUGGUAACACAAGACUGCCGUUGUAUACAAGUCUGGGGGGUGUGACUACUGAACGAGACACUUCAGUUGUUAAAAGCGCUAAAGCUAUACAACUCUAUUACUAUUUAAAAGAGGGCAACAAAACAAAAAAUGACCUUUGGUUGGAAAGCUUCAUUAGUUUGGUCUCAAAUAGCUCCUCACCUUCCCUCCAGGUAUCAUACUCCACCUCAAUGUCAAUGCAGUGGGAAUUUGAGAAAUCUCCAGAUUCUGUCAUCUCUUUAUUUGCCAUCACCUACUCUAUUGCCAUCACAUUUUCCAUCAUAACUUGCUGGAGGUUGGAUAAUGUGAGGACGAAGGUGUGGGUGGGGUACUGCGGCGUUCUCUCUACAAGUCUAGCGGUCCUGAGUGGUUUUGGUUUGCUCUUGUUGGUGGGCCAGCCUUUUGUAAUGACAGCUGCCUCCUGUCCCUUCAUGAUUCUAGGUAUUGGGAUCGAUGAUAUGUUCAUCAUGAUCUCCUGCUGGCAAAAGACCCGUGUUCUGGACAGCGUUCCAGACCGGCUGGGUGAGACCUACAAAGAUGCUGCCAUCUCCAUUACCAUUACCACCCUCACCGAUGUGCUGGCUCUCUUCCUGGGCUGCAUCACACCCUUUGGCUCAGUCCAGUCCUUCUGCCUCUAUGCUGGAAUUUGUCUUUGCUUCUGUUACUUCUACAGCCUGACCUUCCUUGGUGCAUGCAUGGUUUUAAAUGGGCAGAGGGAAGCAGAGAACAAGCACUGGAUCACCUGCAUCAAAGUCCCAAGAGAUGCAUCAGGGAAAUCAACAGCCUUCUGGUUGUGCUGUACUGGGGGUCGGUACAACCAAGAUACUGAAAAAGAGGAAACAGAGCCCAUUAGUUCUUUUUUUGAGAACUUCUACGGUCCAUUUCUGACCCACAAAGUGACAAAAGUCUUUGUGUUUGUCCUUUAUGCAGGUUAUUUAGCUGUUAGUAUCUAUGGCUGUGUAAUCUUAAAAGAAGGACUUGAUACUAAGAACCUGGCUUUGGAUGAUUCUUACAUUAUCAAUUACUAUAACCAUCAAGAGCAGCACUUCAAUGAAUAUAGCUUCAGUGCAAUGGUGGCAAUAGAGCAGCAAUUCCCCUACUGGGACAAAGACCAACGGAAGCACUUAGAUUCUUGCAUUUCGAGUUUUGAAUUGCUGAAAUUUGUCAAUAACACAAUCGCUUGGUUCAUUUCCUAUGAAAACUAUGCAGAAGGCAAUAAUCAGCCAAUAAGCUCCCAGAAGGAUUUCCUAAACAACCUUAAAGUGUUCUUACAAUUUGACCCAUUCUUAGCACAAGACAUCCAAUGGACUCCAGACGGUAAGAUUCAGGCAUCUCGCUUUUUCCUUCAGACACAAAACAACACACCGGUGGCAGAUAUGAUGGUGGAGCUCAGGAAAACUGCAGAGGAAUGUCCAGUGGAGCUCCUGGUGUACCACCCUGCUUUCAUCUACUUUGACCAGUACACUAUCAUAAUAGAUAACACCAUCCAAACCAUGCUCACUGCUGUGAUCGUAAUGCUUGCAAUCUCUCUCGUACUCAUACCCGAUCCUCUCUGCUCACUUUGUGUAGCUUUUGCAAUUGUUUCAGUCAUCACUGGCGUGACAGGAUUCAUGUCCCUCUGGGGCAUCAAUCUGGAUUCCAUCUCCAUGAUCCAUCUGGUCAUGUGCAUCGGUUUCUCGGUAGAUUUCUCGGCGCACAUUUGCUACUCUUUUGUUUCGAGUCCCAAAAGUGAUGUCAAUGAGAAAGCUGUAGACGCUUUGGCGCUUUUGGGUUACCCAGUACUGCAGGGAGCACUGUCCACUAUCUUAGGUGUGGUGGUGUUGAGUGUGUCUGGGAGUUACAUAUUCCGGACAUUUUUCAAAAUCGUGUUUCUUGUCAUUGUGUUUGGACUGUUCCACGGCUUGACGUUUAUUCCAGUGUUUCUCACUUUGUUUGGGGCCUGUAGCAAGUCACGUUAA